AUGUCGGCUAUAGGGGUCUCUGCUUCAACAGUCCGUAUUACGACCUUGUGUGGCUGGGUCGAGAAGUUGUGGAGACCGCUCUUCAGACCCAGCAAGCUUACAACAUUUGCUGCUAUCUCGAACGCAACUGAAGCAAAGCUACAUCGCGCUUCUCGUCCUAAACUGCUGGUCUAUCGUUAUUCUCUAUUGACGAUAUAUCUCCCCGAUUUCGACUUCGAGCUGAACGAUUUCCCGCUAGAGACUUGGGGUAUUGACGACUGGCUGAUUCGCGUACUGAACGAAUUUCAAAUAAUGCUCGUGUGCUCGUGGGGAAAUCUGGCGGCUCGGGUUGUUUUUGCUAUGAGUAUGCUUAGCAAUAUGAACACAAUGAAGAAACUGUUGAGCACGUCUUGUCUUGUGGACCGUCGCCACAAUGCUUCCGUUCUGCCUCUAGACCAGACUGAUGCUGGUACUGCAAGCUUCCCUCACCCAAUUUCCCAAUUUCUUUCCCUCGGAAUGAUCGCUGUCAAAGAGAAUGGUUCAGUGCUACCAAACGGCUGUGUAAAUCGUUUAUCUUGCGAUUAUGUGAGUUGA